AUGGCUGAGGAGGAGGCGGCCGAGGUGCCGCCAGAGCCCGUGCCUCCUUUGACAGAAGAGGAGCUGGAAGCACGAGCCGCAAUCUUUGAAGAACUCUUCAAGGAUCAUCCAGCUUUGGAGGUCAAGCAAAAGUCCAUGGCCGAACGGAAAGAGAAGGAGGCGCCACCGCCUCGUGAGGAAGGCGAGGAUGCGCCAGAGGUGGUCGAGGCGCCUGAACCCAACAUCGCCCUUGCCUAUAGCGAGCUGAGCUUCUCCGUGAUGGAUCGCUUCGUGAACCUCGUGAAGGAGAAGUGCGGACCCCUUUUCCCGAAUCGAGGUGUCUUUCUGGAUUUGGGUAGUGGCGCCGGCAAGAACUGCUUGGCAGCAGCACUGCUCCAUCCCUUCCAGAAGAUCAUCGGCGUCGAAACGCUUCAGAGCCUCAACGACGUCGAGGCCGCCGUGCAGGCAAAGUUUGCAGAGGUCGAACUUCCAGAAGGCAUGACCAAGCCGGAGCUGAGCUUUGUGAAGGGUGACUUCGUGGCAGAGUUCGACUCGGUCUUGGAGGCAAUUGUCCCGGAGGUAACGUUCGCGGUGGUGGUUGCCACAACCUUCGGAGACCCGGAAAUGCAAGCGGUGGCGAAGCUGGCUCAGAAGAUGCCCGAAGGCGCUUGCCUCAUGACAGUCACUCAGAAGCUGGAGGACUCGCUGGUCGUGGACGUGAACCGCGAGCCGCGGAAACGUCGGGCCUUGGCCACCCGAAAGGCCCUGGCCCAGCGGGGCGUCGAGCCGAAAGGCAUUGAGAUUGAGCUCGAAGCUGCGGAGAACGAUCCGAACGGCUGGAGGUUGAAGCACUCGGACUCUUUGGAGCUGGAAUGGGGCACCACCUCAUGUUAUCUCUACAAGAAGUACAUGUAUCCGUUCUGCGAUGUCGGGGACAUUUGCAUGGCCACGCCACUUCCGGAGAUAGAGGACCAGACUGUGGCUCCAGCUUACUUCGUUGGACCCGCAAAAGUCAGGUACAUGGAUGACUUGGCCGAGAAGGAGGUUGAAGUCAGCAAAGUCUCCCCCUUCUGCGAGGAGAGCCGGAAGAAAGCAGUCAAGCUGUACGUUCAGAUGCUGGGCAGAAUAACAGGUUUGGCAUCGCGACGAACAGUGGCAGAUCGGAAGGUGGAGGCAGAGAAAGCCAAGGCUGAGAAGCUCACCGGGAAGGGCAUUGUCCCGCCGCACCUGAGCUGCGCACGUGCUGCAAUUGACGUAUCUCCACGGGAGGCUGCGCAAACCGAUGACCUCGCGGCGCAGGCAUUGGCAACAGUGAGGCAAGAGGUUGAGACCUUUGCGGCCGACGGUAAGCUGUCCUACAAGCUGGACGAGGAUUCUCCUACGCUUUCACUGCUAUCACAUCUGAUGUCUGCAUACGGCCUGCCGGAAGACGAGAAGGUCAACGCCUUCGCUGGAGAGCAGUGGAUCGCAGCCUGUGAGGAACUCGAUCCUGAUGCGACAGGCGCAAUCGCGGAAGACCAGCUUGUGCCAGUGUGGCAGAAGGCCCCUUGGUAA